AUGCUCACGAAUAGGGCCCCAGGAGCUGCGAUGAAUCGAUCAGGUUCUGUCCGAGGCGUCCCAGAACGCAGUGGAAUGCCUCAUCAACAGCUCCUUCGCCCGGACCACAUUUCCAUUCAGCAGCAGCAACAGCAAAACCGGCUCCAGCAACAGGCUCGGAAAACUGCAUCUGAUGGACAGCUGAUGAGCAGCGAGCACCUACCUGAGCUGGCCGGCAGUCCACAGCGUGGCAUGUACACUUGGCGGGAUCCGUCUCCCGCCACGGGCUACCACCAUCACCAAGCUGCGAGUCCUCAUCAACCCCGGUUAUUUGCUGGAGGUACGAUAAAUAAUUGCGGGUCCCACCCGACGUCGCCGACGACUGGCAAUAGCGACCAUUAUGCCGCGCAGCGUGCUUACCAGUACCCGCCGCAACCCCAGGGUUACUGGGCGGGCUCCUCUAGUACUGUUUCCGGCUCCGGAUCUCCUCAAGUUGUCCGUCAUCCGGUCGGGUUCCGAGUGCAGCAGCAACAUCAGUAUCAAUUGCAUCAUGACGGAGUGGCCGCCUCGUUGUCUCCUCUGCACGCGCUGAGUCGGUUGGGUCCGGUAUCUGGUCCCCAACAGCCGUCGCAGUCACAGCAGCAGCAGUUUUCGCGGGCCAUGCACGUGUCCGACUCCCUGGACCUGUCUGCAGCCCGAGUACAACAGCAUCACGGCAAUGCUGCUGCUGCUGCUGCUUUGGAUGCCGACAGUUUGCAAGCCCAUCAGUCGUCUUCGGCUGCCGAAGGCAGUGGCAAACAUCGCAGCGCCCGUAGAGAAGGCGAAGAGCCUGCCGCCUUGUACAUGAUCAUGGGCGCAGUUCCUUUUACGCACUUCUCAUUCUACGGAAAUGUUGAGAAGCCGGAAUUCUCGGCCUGCCGUGUUUCUAUAUUUUCCCACUCCCCGAGGGGGGAAAAAAAGAGGACAGAAGAUGUAGUCGGGAAACGUGACUUGACCAUUUUCCUGCUCCAGUUCGUUGGCUCACCAAUCGAAGCGCGCGCGAAUCCACAACCCGAAACAAUUUUCUUCGUUUUUUUUGCUAAAUCGGCAGGUGAAAUCGGAAUCUGUGCAUUGAGGGACUGCUCUAAAUGGUCACUUCCGUGUGGAGUCAGCUCUGCCAUUCAGGAGGAGGAACUGAGAUGUGUUGCGGCGAACGCUAUAUGGUUCGUGAACCAUCGCGGAGUGAUGGGGCGAAAGCAGAACAGCAGAUGUGUUGAAGGGGAGAUCGAGUGGGAUGUGACGCCUCUUGAAUUCAGCAUGGCGGACGAAGCUUUGGCGCGGUCUGGCUUGUAUUUCGACGAGUUGAACAAAAUCCGUGUCCUGGAACCUGAAGCUGGUCAGCAAACGCAAGCUUUGAGAGACAAUUGCCAGGAAUUUUCCGACAGGAAAGAGGUCCUCAAGCAGCAGAAGAUUGUAGAUGACCGUGGACGUAUGCCCGGAAGUAUCUCAGAACAACGAUGGAAUGGAAUUUCUGAUGGACCAGUUUUGAUGACUUGCCUACGGAGGAGAGAGACUGAAUCACACAAGCGCGGCCCAUGUACUGAAACCCCACUUCUUGAAUGGAUAUAGCGCUUUCGAGAAACUACAGCCAGCAGGACGUAAUUUUUGAAUCUUGGCUCCAAGUCUUCAAAUGACAUGCCCCCAGGAUGAUGUUGAAAAACCUUGUAUUUUAACUGAAAUUGAGUUCCCUUUCAAAAAAAAAAUUAAGAUUUUUUGCGCCAUGUCACAGCAAUACUUUCAUGAUCAGUCUAAGUGCAAAUAAUUUUUAAAUUUCUUGAUUAUAUAUUUUCAUAUUUUGUUCUUCUUCAUAGCCCCAUAAUUUGGCAAAACUUGAGCGCUGUUCAAAGCAGUCUCUGCAGACAUCAAUGUAUUUUUUAUGCAAUAAACUCAAUGAUCAAAAUAGUGCUAAAAUUGAUUAUUGCAUUAAUUGAUGAAGUUACUCCUUGAAGACAGAAAUGAUGCUGUCACGGUCCUCGAAAUCAAUCACAUCAUUCAUGACUGGCAACAGCCAGAAGUCAAAGGAUCUUCAUUUUUAUUUAAUGUUUUCAAAAUUUUUGUUUUUGCAUUUUUUUCCAAGAACUGUAAUGCACCCUCUGACUUCAGUCUGUUCCUGACAGGGAAGAAUUAUCCAAAAAGCAUUGAUUUUGAGGAGGUUAAUUUCUGUCAUCAAAGGAUAGCUUGAUCAACUAAGUACAAUAAUCAAUUUUUGGCACUGUUGUGAUCACCAAGUUUAUUGCAUGAAAAAAUGCUUUGACGUCAGAACAGACUGAGUUGAACAGCACUGAAGUGUUGCCAAAUGAUAUAGCUAUGCGGAUAAAAUAAAAAUUUGGAAUUGUUGAAACUUGGUUGAAUCUUUUUUUUCAAAACUUAUGAACCAACCCUUGUGCAUAGUCUCAGCAUGAGGAGGAAUGGUGGAAAAAACCUAGUUCUGUAAACUCUUGUAAAGCAGAAUCACGGGUUAAAACCCUGCAAAAAUCACAGCAAUCCAGGCUUUGUAUUUAUUUUCAGGUGAACUGGAAAUGGAGAAUCAUUUAAAACAUCUA